GUAAAGAAAUAAAAAUAAAUAAAUAAAAAAUAUAUAUUUAUAAAUAAAAUCAAUUAAAAAGUGACUUAAACAAUUAGCAUAUCAACAUUCAUUCAUCAAGAUUCAUUUGUUUUCACUGGCACUUGGUCAUGGCGAAGAUGGCAGACGAUGAGCAUGGCACUGCUAUGAGCUGCUAAUUGGUGCAAAACCCCCAAAGCAAAGCAAAAAAAAAAAAAAACAAGAAAACAGAAAACUCUCUUGAAUUAUUGCACAGCAAGCUGAACCUCAUGGUGUUGACUUUCGAAGAUGCCUUCAGCAAACACCGAAGACUUGCGACGAAAGUUUCUAGUUGUGCAGCAGCAGCGCUCCGCACCGCCCAAUCUGGCCAGCGAGAACCUGGCCCAGGCACAGUUGCAGCAGCACACAAUGAUGACGACUGCGCCGACAAUGGCGAUGGCGAUGGCAACGACCAGCGGGGAGCCCGAGCGCACCUAUGUGUUUCCGGGCACUCAUCAGGUGGGCAACACAUCAGCCAUAGGCAUGUCUGGUGGGCCGGGCAUUCCGGGCGUGGCUAUCAUAUCGAGCCAUCCAACCACCACGCUUAACCCGGGCGGACCCUCGCGAGGGGGUCAUGCGCGAUCUGUCAGCCAUGGAGGCGGCGCUAUUACCGCUGUCGGUGCUGGCGGUCGACCCAUCAAAUCGGCCAUGAAGGGCCACCAACGUGCCUUUUCCCAGGGUCAAAUAACGGACUCGCCGCCAGGCAGUGGCGCGCCGGCCGGGCGUGGUCAUAGCCGUGUGGGCUCCAAGACGGAUUUCAUUCUGCCGCCCGGUCACAAGGACGAGCCGGUCAGGGAGCGUGAAUUUGGACCAUCGGCGCCGAGUUCGGCAACUGGCGGACGCGGGCAUUCCCGCCAGGCGUCCCGCUCCGAAUCGAUAUACACGCUGCGCCGAACCGAAGCGCCGCCCUGGUGGAAACGCUUCACCCUGUGCAACUACAAUACCAACGACAAAUUCGAGGAGCGCUGCUAUCGUAUGGUGGUGCCCAAUCACACGGUGCCGCCGAAGACACCCAAGCGGGAGCAUCCCAAUGGCCACUUCGUGGGCAACAAAAUACGCACAACUAAAUACACGCUACUCUCGUUCAUACCGAAAAAUCUGCUGGAACAGUUCCAUCGCGUUGCCAAUCUGUACUUUAUUUUCAUCGUGCUGCUAAACUGGGUGCCGGCCAUCAAUGCCUUUGGCAAGGAGGUGGCUAUGAUUCCGGUUAUCUUCGUGCUGGGCGUUACGGCCGUCAAGGAUUUGUUCGAGGAUCGGCGUCGACGAGCGUCUGAUAAGCGCAUCAAUAAUACAACUUGUCGGGUCUAUGACGGUGAGACGGAGCGUUACAAGAAAACUAAGUGGCAAGAUUUGCGGGUCGGAGAUAUCGUUCAUCUGUCCAACAAUGAGACAGUGCCUGCAGAUAUUUUGCUACUACGUACCAGCGAUCCGCAAGGCGUCUGCUACAUUGACACAUGCGACUUGGAUGGGGAAACGAAUCUGAAGCGCCGUGAGGUUGUACGUGGCUUUACGGAAAGGCAGAACAUGUUUGUGCCCAGCAAGUUUAUAAGCUGCGUAGAGGCGGAUGCGCCGACAACAAAGCUGUAUAGAUUCCAUGGGGCAUUAAUACAUCCAACUGGGGAACGCGUACCCAUAUCUACCGAGUGCCUUUUGUUAAGAGAGAGCAGACUGAAGAAUACGGACUACAUUGAGGGCAUUGUCGUCUAUGCCGGACAUGAAACAAAGUCCAUGCUAAACAAUAGUGGGCCAAGGUACAAGCGCUCCCAGGUGGAACAGCAAAUGAAUAUUGAUGUGAUAUGGUGUGUGAUAAUAUUGUUGAUCCUUUGCGUUGUUGGCGCCAUCGGCUGCACAAUGUGGCUGCGUUCGUUUGAAAAUUUCCCCGUGCCCUAUUUGCCGUUUGCCGUGGACGCUGCCUAUGAGGGCAUGCUGACCUUCUGGACGUACAUUAUCAUACUGCAAGUAAUGAUACCGCUUUCCCUGUACGUGACGAUUGAGCUAUGCAAAAUACUGCAAGUGUAUCACAUACACAACAACCUCGAGCUGUACGACGCAGACACCAACAAGCAGACGGAAUGCCGAGCCAUGAACAUAACUGAGGAACUGGGCCAGAUACAGCACAUCUUUUCGGAUAAGACGGGCACACUGACCGAGAACAAGAUGAUCUUUCGUCGCUGUGUGGUGAACGGCGCCGACUAUAACCAUCCGCCGUCUGAGCUGGAGAAACUGUACGCCAAGCCAGGUGCCCCAGCUCCUCCGCUGAUACCCAAUGAGACGCUGCAGGACGAUUUGCAGAGAUUGGCUGGCGUAGGCGGGGGCGCCUAUCUAACGCCCCAUGCACAAUGUAUACAGGAGUUCCUUAUCGUACUUGCUAUUUGUAAUACGGUUAUCGUGAGUGCGGCGCCACAUCGAGAUCUCAUGAAUGCCAGCGGCAUCAUUGAGAUGCAUCAAGCCAAUAACAGUCCAGCCACAGGCCCCACGCCGUCCACUUUGAAGCACCUGAGGCCGCGAGCAAAGUUGGUGACUACGACAACAACGUCGACCACUAUCAUAAAUGGCGUGCCGCCGGCCGGAACAAUGGCUCUGCCAACGGAUCGUUAUACACGGCUGGCCGAGUCGCGUUCCGUGACUCCGUCGCCGCCUCCCAAUCUAUUGUUUGCCAUGCCCGCACAGGCUCAUCAACCCACUCUCUCGCCGAUUAGCAGCUCGCCGGAGUCCACGCCCAAUUCAGAGUCUCCAUCGCCGCCACUGAAAAGUAAGGCACUGUCCAACAGUAUUUCGCCCACUGGUCGCGCCAAGGCCGUGAUCAACUCCAAAAUAACCAGCAUAGCCACGUUUUUAAAUGCCAAGACGCACGGCAAGCGCAUGAAGAUUGACCAAACCAAGACGCAAACCAUUUACAGAACUGCCGAUGGACGUCCGUUGUACGAGGCGGAAAGUCCUGAUGAGUUGGCGCUGGUCAAUGCUGCAUAUAGCUACGACUGUUGUUUGCUCAACCGUAGCCCGAAUCACAUCCUUGUGAGCAUGCCAACCGCUAGCGCUACUUUGGAGUAUGAGAUACUCAAGAUACUGCCCUUCGAUUCAAGCCGCAAAUGCAUGUCAAUAGUUGUUAGACAAACGGGCACCCAGGAGAUUGUCCUUUAUACAAAGGGUGCCGACAGCUCUAUCAUGCCAGUCCUGGCGCCUUGCACUCCAAAUAGCCCCGAAGCCUUACUCCGUGAACAGACGCAGCAGCAGCUGGAUCGCUAUGCUCGGGAGGGUCUUCGCAUUUUAGUGAUGGCGAAGCGUAGCUUAAAUGCUGCCGACUAUACGGACUGGUGGGCUCGACAUCAGGAGAUAGAAAUGUCGCUGGAGAAUCGUGAGAGACGUUUACGCGACUCAUUCGCCAAUCUGGAAAGCAACCUGACGCUGCUGGGUGCCACGGGCAUUGAGGAUCGCUUGCAGGACGGUGUGCCCGAGACAAUAGCUUCACUGAUCUCGGCGGGCAUUUCCGUGUGGGUGCUUACUGGGGACAAGCCAGAGACGGCUAUCAACAUUGCCUACUCGGCCAAGCUCUUCACACAGCAAAUGGAGCUGAUCAAACUUACCGCUCGAUCUCGCGAUGCGGCUGAGACGGCCAUCAACUUUUAUUUGACUGAAAUGAGGAAUGCAAAGGCGGCCAACUCCACAGGAUAUAGCUUAGCGCCGCGCUGCAAGCCCCGCGCGUUGGUCGUGGAUGGGAAGACAUUGACAUUUAUUUUGGACCCCAAAUCAAAAUUGACUCUACCUUUUCUAAAACUGGCCAAGGGAUGCGCUUCGGUGCUUUGCUGCCGUUCAACGCCAUUACAAAAGGCUUAUCUGGUCAAAGUAGUCAAGGAGGAGCUCAAUCUGCGUACUCUAGCCAUUGGAGAUGGAGCCAACGAUGUUUCAAUGAUACAAAUGGCCGAUGUAGGCGUCGGUAUCUCUGGCCAAGAAGGAAUGCAAGCAGUCAUGGCAUCUGAUUUCACUCUCUCACGUUUUCGCUACUUGGAGCGGCUGUUACUUUCACAUGGAUACUGGUGCUACGAUCGUCUAGCCCGCAUGAUACUCUACUUUUUUUAUAAGAAUGCGGCUUUUGUAUUCCUUAUAUUCUGGUAUCAAUUAUACUGCGGCUUCUCCGGCUCUGUGAUGAUGGACCAAAUGUAUCUCAUGCUCUACAACCUAUUGUUCACAUCCCUACCUCCUCUAGCAAUUGGCGUCUAUGAUAACCGUGUGCCGGAGGAAUUGCUAUUGAAAAAUCCGUAUCUGUACAAAAAUGGCCGCUUGGGUCUCGCAUAUAGGCCGCAUGACUUCUGGGUGAUUCUUCUUGAUGCGCUCUACCAAUCCCUUGUCAUCUUUUUUGUCACCCUUUGCGCCUAUGCGGAAAGUGAAGUGGGCAUCUGGGAAUUCGGUACAACUAUAACGGCGAGCUGUCUGUUUGCGAAUUUAGUGCACUGUUGCAUUGAAAUACGUUCCUGGACGGUGCUGCACGUGCUAUCAAUUGCGAUUAGUUUGGCAUUAUUUUAUAUCUUCUCCGUUGUGUACAAUUCCAUGUGUGUUAAUUGCUUCGGACUUCCCUCCACUUACUGGGUCAUCUUUAAAUGCUUCGCAUCUCCUGUGCACUGGCUAGUUAUAAUGUUGUCCACAGUUGUUGCUGUGCUCCCUCGCCUUGUCUUUCGCACCGUGCGUAUCUCAAUGUGCCCCGACGACAGCACCAAGGUCAUUCUACAGAGCAAACGCGAGCGCAGCAGAGGUGAGGGUUUGUUAGUAACAUGGUCGCGCUCGACGUCAGCCUCAUCAAUUUAUAGAAUCGCCGAUUAUGGGUCUAAGAAUCAGAUUAUAAAUACGAUUACCUGAUCCAGUGCCAAACGGCGAAGCUUUCAGCCGCGACAUUCAAACAAACAAACCAACCGUUCAGAACCUAAUAAUUACAAAUGUACUUUUAGUUUAAAUAUGUGGCCUUUCGACACCGAUUAGCAUAAUUUGUAUUUUGCAAUUGAAUAGACUAGCUCUAACUAUAUCGUUUAUCAUAGGUACAUUUAGUAGCAAUUUAAAUAGAAUGUAAUUUAGUUAUCGACUAAUCCCCAUUAGAGCGUAAAGAAUUAGACGUUUUAGUUCGAAUUUUUGCCUUACAAUUCAAACAGUUAUAUGUAUGUCUUCAUAUUUUAAUAUUUAUUUGUAUAUAAGUAAAAAGUUUAUGUAUGUAUUCGCCUACGCGUAUUUAGUGCACUUAGCCACCUAACAUAGCGCAAUCCUAACACUUGCAACGGAACUCUAAUUAAACACAACUGAUUAACAUAA